AUGAAAACGCCUGCCUGGUGGAAAUGUUCCAAAGCUCCCGAAAACUGCCUAGGACUGCCUGAUAUCAAGGAGGCGGUGGCACCCCCACCGCCUGGCAGCCCAGGCCCCCACCCGAGCACCCCACUUGCCCACAGUGCCAGUUCCAAGGAGGGCCAGGGGACACCGCCCGGCACUCGCCCGCUCGCUCGCUCGGUGGAGUGGGCAGGAACGCGCGAGGCGCCGGGAGGGUUGGGCUGGCGGCCCAGCCGGAAAGGGUCAGGGAGGGGGCAGUUCAGUCUCCGUCGGAGAGGCGACUCCGGACAACCGCUCAAAGUUGGGGAGGGGGUUCCUCUGCGAGCGCCCGCGGCGGGCGAGAUAAACAAGGCGGCGCACGGGAGAGCGGGCGGCCACCCCCCACCCGGCCAGCGCGGGCACUGGCACUGCCGCAGCGCCCCCGCGCCCCGACCGGCCUGGCUCCGGGACGGGCUUCUCCGCGAGAGGCCGAGCUCGCCCCAGGGCGGGAAAGGAAGCCAGAAAGCUCGAGGCGCCAAGGACGGGAGCUUGGCGGGGGCGAUAGAGUCCGAGGCCGCGCAGCCGGCACCCGCCCGGAGCGCAAACGAAAGCCCCCAGCAACAGGCCCCGCCCCUCACGACAGGCCCCGCCCCGCGCCUUCCAAGCUGCCCGCCUUCCCCUUGGCGGCGUCCGCCGGCUCUGGCCGUGUCCAGGCCCUGUGCCCAGUGUUCGGCCCCGUGCCCAGUCCCUGAUCCGCCCCCGGAGCUUCCUCCCUCGGGACCCCGCGGCCCGCCCGAGCGCCCCCGGCCCGCGCCGAGGGAGGGUGCGUGGCGCACACGUGACACGUGUUGUGGGCGGAGCCUGCGCCGGCAGAGAUGCCGGCGGAGGUGGCCCGGGGGAGGGUGGGCGCGGGCCUCGCCUAGCUCUCGCCCCGGAGCUCGCGUAGGCCUCGGCCGGCCCGCCCGCCCCGCCCCUCCUCUAGCCCGGCCGGGGCCCUGCUCUGGCUCCUCGCCCGGCGAGCGCUGCGCUAGGCCUCCCGUUGAUUUUGCCACUGUUACGGCUCCUCCUCCUGCACCCUCCGCGCGCAGCGCGGCUUAG